AUGGAUCACUCAAUGGAUCCGUAUGUAAAAUCUCCGUAUGACAAUUUAGUUAUUUACAAUGUUUAUGUGAGAAAUCAUUCAAAAAAUGGCACAUUUGCUGAUGUGAAAGAUGAUCUAAAGCGAAUUCAGAGUAUGGGUGUUGAUUAUAUUUGGCUACUGCCCAUUCAUCCAAUUGGUAAGGUGAAACGCAAAGGAACACUCGGUUCACCUUAUUCUAUCACAAAUUAUCGUGAAAUCAAUCCUGAAUUUGGAACUUUGGAUGACUUUCGUGAUUUAGUUAACGCGAUACACGACUUAAAAAUGAAAAUAAUGUUAGAUGUUGUGUUUAAUCAUACAGCACACGAUUGUGAAUGGAUACACACACAUCCACAAUGGUAUUACAGAGAUAAAAAUGGUCAACCAACAGCUAAAGUGGCUGAGUGGUCCGAUAUUGUGGAUUUAGAAUUUCGUGGAAAUGAACAUGAUUUGUGGCCAGAAUUGAUUGAUAGUCUCAAAUAUUGGAUUGAACAAGGAGUAGACGGAUUUAGAAUGGAUGUGGCUAGUAGUGUACCCAUUGAAUUUUGGAAAUUAGCACGUUCGGAAUUAUUAAAAUUGAAACCGAAUGUUCUAUUGUUAGCCGAAUCAACACGUUUAAUCUAUAUUGAAGGUCAUACACGAAAGAAUGAAUAUGUCAAUACUGAUGCUGUUUUGUAUCAAGCAUUCGAUCUAUGCUAUGAUUACGAUUUGUAUCAAGUAUGGCGAGCAGCGAUGGCUGCAGCUGUACCAAUUAAGAUGUAUUUAGAAUUGGUUCGAUUACAAAAUUCAAUAUAUCCAAGAAAUUUUUGUAAAUUAAGAUUUGUAGAAAAUCAUGAUCAAGAACGAAUUGCUAAAAUAUGUAAAAACAAUCGAGUGAAAGGAUUAGCAUGGACAGCGUUUACUUCGUUCAACAAAGGUACAUUUUUGUUACAUGGUGGUCAAGAAACAGAAAAUACAACAACAUCGAGUUUAUUUGAAAAAGAUUAUGUUGACUGUAAAAGUAUUUAUUCGCUAGGAAAAUUUAUGACAAAAUUAAUACAAAUUAAAAAACAUCCAGUUGUACAAACAGGAAGAUUUGUGUUAACUCAUCAUAGUCCGUGUAUUGUGGGUAUUUGGGAAGAUGAAGUGUCAAAAGAAGGUCUCAUUGGGGUUUUUAAUGUUGAACAAAUUGCUAAACAAGAUGAUGAAUUAGAAAUAUCGAAUUUACCCGAUGGAACGUAUCAAAAUUUGCUUAUUGAUUUAGGACUGAAGGGUGAGAAUACAUAUGAACAAGACGUAGAAAUCAACGUCAAAAAUGGAAAAUUGAAAGUACCACAACUGGCAUGUAUUUUACAUUAUAAACAAUUAAUAUUAGAUCCACAAGUGUUUUACAGUGAUAUAUUCGAUUUUAAUUAUAGAGGAGGAAUGUGA